AUGUUGGGUCUUGGCGUGAAGCGGAGCUGCAAUGAGGCAGAGGGGCUCACGGUCUAUGUGCCAGAGAAGGCUGAGGUCCAGGUUCAGGGUGGGUCUUACCUGCCUCACCUGCAGCAGCGCCAGCUCGUGCUCAGCCUGUGCCUGGACAAGCUACAGCGCAGUUAAACAGGAGUGGAACUCAGCCUGCACCGUUCAGUGCUGCUGGUGAAUACCUUGAGGCAGAUUCAACAGGACAUGCAGAGGGAAGGGCCAGGUAGUCUUGACCUGUCAGCCCAGUCAUUCUCCCCUGAUGCACCUGCCCACAUACCUGGCCUCUCAGACUUGCCUUUUAAUGAUGUCCACCAUGAUUCCCUCUUCGGUGACAGUAUUUGGGAGGAGGACGGGCCACUCACCUACCCAGGGUGUGCUGAAGGAAACAGGCUGGGUGUCUCCUCGCCGCACCACAUUGCCUACAUCUCCCUCACAGGACAGCUCUUCUGGACACCCCAGAUCCUAAAGCCCCUCGGCACACCUUUGCUCUUCUAAGAGCGAGAUGCCAAACUCCCUGGGCUGCCUCACGGACCUUGCCCUGGAUGGCAUCUUUGAGGACAUUGACACCUUCAUGUACGACUCCUCUGAUCUCCCCUUUGCCUGGGCCGGCUACCUGUCCUGGGCCAGCGAGGUGUCCCCCUGGGGGGACGAGGGACUAAAGAUAUGCUCCAGUAUUAUCUCGGUCAGCACGUUACAGCGGUGUCUGACCGACCUCAAUGAUCUGGACCACAUUAUGGAGAUUCUGGUCAACUCGUGA